AUGGCUGUCUCGCAAACGCCACCACCCUUGAUGCUGCUCCUCGGAGCCAUCUUCUUCCUCUCGUCCAGCGUCUGCGCCGCGGGGGCCGUCUUGGGCGUCGACUUGGGAACCGAAUUCAUAAAGGCCGCGCUAGUGAAGCCCGGCAUCCCCCUCGACAUCGUCCUGACCAAGGACUCGCGGCGCAAAGAGACGUCGGCCGUCGCCUUCAAGCCGCUACAGGCUGGACCCAAGGAGGGCAGCUUCCCGGAGAGAUUCUAUGGAGCGGAUGCCAUGGCGCUUGCGCCGAGGUUCCCCGGUGAGGUUUACCCCAACUUGAAGACUCUUCUGGGCCUCCCCAUCGACGACGCCGUCGCUCGCGAGUACGCUUCUCGGCACCCUGCCUUGCAGCUCAAGUCGCACGGAAGCCGCGGAACAGCUGCGUUCAAGAGCAGUACGUUUCCGCCUGGUGAGGAUGCCUGGAUGGUCGAGGAGCUGCUGGCCAUGGAGCUGCAGAGCAUCCAGAAGAACGCCGAAUCUGCGGCGGGCAACGGCGCCUCUGUUCGGUCCAUUGUCUUGACAGUACCUGCCUUCUACACAACCGAAGAGAAGCGGGCCAUACAAGCCGCUGCCGAGCUGGCUGGCCUCAAAGUUCUCGCUCUCAUCAGUGACGGCCUUGCCGUCGGCUUGAACUACGCCACGAGCAGGCAGUUCCCCAACAUCAACGAAGGCGCGAAGCCCGAGUAUCACUUGGGUCGCACGGUCAAGGACGUGGGCAAGUUCAACAAAACGUUCCAGGAAGUGCAGGUCCUUGGCAGUGGCUGGGACAGAAGCCUCGGCGGUGAUGAUCUCAACUAUCUCAUCAUGGAUGACAUGAUCUCUCAAUUCAUCGCGUCUCCGAGCGCAACGGCGACUUCCAUCACCGCCGCCGCCGUUAAAUCACACGGCCGGGCAAUGGCGAAGCUCGCCAAAGAGGCUGAGCGAGUUCGACAUGUCCUGAGCGCCAACCAGAAUACGCACGCCAGCUUUGAGGGCCUGUACGAGGAUGUCGACUUCAAGUACAAGCUUACACGCACUGACUUUGAGACGAUGGCCGCAGCGCACGCCGAGCGAAUCGGCAAGGUCAUCAAAGACGCCAUUGAGAUGUCCGCAAUCGAUUUCGACAGUCUGACGUCUAUCAUUCUCCACGGCGGCGCGACCCGAACCCCGUUCGUUCAAAAGGCGCUCGAGAAAGCAGUUGGCUCCCAGGACAAGAUUCGAUCCAACGUCAACGCCGACGAGGCUGCCGUGUUCGGAGCUGGCUUCCGUGCCGCCGAGCUCAGCCCAAGCUUCCGUGUCAAGGAAAUCAGAAUCUCAGAGGGCCCCAUGUAUGAGGCUGGCCUGAAAUGGACGGCCAGCCACGGGAAGCAGCUGCGUCAGCGGUUGUGGACCGCCAAUUCGCCCAUGGGAGGACCCGCCAAGGAGAUGACUUUUGCGGAGCAAAACGACUUUCCCAUUACCUUCUACCAGCAAGUCGGAUCAGAAGAUAGGGAGAUCAAGACGAUGGCUACGAAGAACUUGACUGCUACCGUGGCGGCCAUGAAGGAUCGAUAUCCGACAUGUGAAGAGACGGAUCUGGCGUUCAAGGUCGCGUUUGAGCUGAGCUCCGGAUACGGAGAAGUCCAGGUCGCCAAGGCGAACGUGGAGUGCAAAGCUGAGGUGCCCGAGAAGGAAGGUUUCGUCGACGGGGUCAAGAAUUUGUUUGGAUUUGGCAAGAAGGAACAGCAGCCCCUAAAGGAUGUGGACGAGAACAAGGAGCCCAAGGCGUCCGAAGGCUCGGAGGAAACUCUCAAGGAUGAAGCCAAGUCUACUGCCUCCUCCUCGUCAUCGUCGACAGACGCGGCCAAGUCCCCGGCGCCGUCGGAGGCGGAGAAGAAGACGGAAGAAGCCGAGGCCGAGGCCAAACCCGAGGCUAAGAAAAAGGAGACGGUUUCGAUACCCGUGCAAGUCGUUCUAGAGAACGCCGGGCUGCCCUCGCUGACCAAGGCCGAGUUGAUCAAGGUCAAGGACAGACUCAAGUCGUUUGCGGCUUCGGACAAGGCAAGGAUUGUAAGAGAGGAAGCCCUCAACCAGUUGGAGGGCUUCACAUACAAGGCACGAGACUUGGUCGAGGCAGAAUCGUUCAUCUCCCGGUCGACAGAGAAGGAACGCUCCAAGCUGUCUGAAAAGGCGAGCGAGAUCAGCGAGUGGCUAUACGAAGGCGGUGCCGAGGCCACCAAAGAGGAGCUCAAGGCAAAGCUCAAGGUUUUGCAGGAUCUUGUCGCGCCUGUGCAGACAAGGAUCGACGAGGCCGAAAAGCGACCGGAGCUGGUGUCGUCGCUCAAGACGUUGCUGAACCAGACGUCGCACUUCAUCGGCAGUCUGCGCGACCAGAUAUCCGAAUUCGAAAAAUGGCAGGCCUCGGCGUCGGUGGCCAGCUCCGCCGGCUCAUCUACCACGUCGAGCGCCCCCUCGGAGUCGCCAAGCAGCGAGUUUGAUGGCCUGGAAGACCAGGACAGCACCUCGCAGACCAAGAGCAAGGCAGACAAGGCACAGGAGACGCCAGAGCCCGUGCAGCCUCUCUACAAGAAGGAAGAGGUUGACGGGAUCGAGGCGCUCUACAAGUCUACGUCGAAGUGGCUGAGUGAGCUCGAGGCACGCCAAGAGGCCCUCCCGUUGACGGCGGAGCCAGUCCUCCUUUCCAAGGACCUCGCCGAGAAGCGACAGAAGCUCGACAAGGCCGGCAUGGAGCUCGCGGUCAAGGGCAUGAAGAGCUUCGAGAGCAAGGCCAAGAAGGCAAGCAAGAGCGCGAGCAAGAAGAAGUCCAAGACGAAGAGCGCCGCCGACGCAAACAAGACGGUCAAGGUCGGGGACGGCAAAGUGUCGGACGAGGAGCUGGAGCGGGUGAUGGAGGAGAUCAAGAAGAUGGAGGCGGCCAAGGAGAAGAAGGGUGGCGACAAGAAAGUGCAUGACGAGCUAUAG